AUGCCGCACCAGUUCGGAGUGCCCGCCAUGGCCCACGGCAUGCAGAUGCCCCCGUCGCCCCCCAACCUGUUCGAGCGCUUCAGCUCCAUGCUGUACCGGCAGGACGAGCAGCGCCUGACGCGCGAGGCCAUGGAGCGCUACCUGCGCGAGCGCGAGCGCUGCGACAUGAUCAUCGUCAUCCUGCACGCCAAGGUGGCGCAGAAGUCGUACGGCAACGAGAAGCGCUUCUUCUGCCCGCCGCCCUGCAUCUACCUGUACGGCGACGGCUGGCGGCUGCGCCAGGAGCGCAUGCUGCGGGAGGGCGAGUCGGAGCAGGCGGCGCAGCUGUGCGCCUUCAUCGGCAUCGGCAACUCCGACCAGGACAUGCAGCAGCUGGACCUCAACAACGGCAAGCAGUACUGCGCCGCCAAGACCCUCUACAUCUCGGAUUCGGACAAGCGCAAGCACUUCAUGCUGUCCGUCAAGAUGUUCUACGGCAACGGCCACGACAUCGGCGUCUUCCACAGCAAGCGCAUCAAGGUCAUCUCGAAGCCGUCGAAGAAGAAGCAGUCGCUGAAGAACGCCGACCUGUGCAUCGCCAGCGGCACCAAGGUGGCGCUGUUCAACCGGCUGCGCUCGCAGACGGUGAGCACGCGCUACCUGCACGUGGAGAACAGCAACUUCCACGCCAGCUCGACGCAGUGGGGCGCCUUCACCAUCCACCUGCUGGACGACAACGAGUCCGAGUCGGAGGAGUUCGCGGUGCGCGACGGCUACGUGCACUACGGCAGCACCGUCAAGUUGGUGUGCAGCGUGACGGGCAUGGCGCUGCCGCGCCUCAUCAUCCGCAAGGUGGACAAGCAGAUGGCGCUGCUGGAGGCGGACGACCCGGUGUCGCAGCUGCACAAGUGCGCCUUCUACAUGAAGGACACGGAGCGCAUGUACCUGUGCCUGUCGCAGGAGCGCAUCAUCCAGUUCCAGGCCACGCCCUGCCCCAAGGAGCCCAACAAGGAGAUGAUCAACGACGGCGCGUGCUGGACCAUCAUCAGCACGGACAAGGCCGAGUACCAGUUCUUCGAGGGGAUGGGGCCCGUGCGCUCGCCCGUCACCCCCGUGCCCGUCGUGCACAGCCUGCACCUCAACGGCGGGGGCGACGUCGCCAUGCUCGAGCUCACCGGCGAGAACUUCACCCCCAACCUGCAGGUGUGGUUCGGCGACGUGGAGGCCGAGACCAUGUACCGGUGCCAGGAGAGCAUGCUGUGCGUCGUGCCGGAGAUUUCGCAAUUCCGCGGGGAGUGGCACUGGGUGCGGCAGCCGACGCAAGUGCCGGUAUCGCUGGUCCGAAACGACGGGAUCAUUUACGCCACGGGGCUCACUUUCACGUACACCCCGGAGCCGGGCCCCAGGCCGCAUUGCCCCCCCGCCGACGACAUCAUGAAGGGCGGGGGCCGGCGCCUCGCUGCACCGUCCCCCUCCCGGCCCCCGCCCCCGCCGCCGCCCCUGGCCCCGGCCGACGUGCCGUGGGGCGCCCACCACCCAGCCCCGCCCCCCGGCAUGUAA